ACACGCUUUUGCAAAGGGUAUUUCCCCAAAUAUUUACAUUUCCCAUAAUGAAUGCAUUCUGUAUAAAAUUCCGCUAAAAUAAUGCAUUUAUAGGGCUUUCCCCCUUUGUAUGGGGGUAGGACAUCUUUUCCCCAUGGAGGGGCAGAUCUUUCUCCUCCUCUCCUCCCUGCAGGCCAACUUGGGCAGGAGAUGUUGAAGGGAUGCUGGCAGAAGGGGAACAAUCAGAAAUGUCACCAAAAGGAUCCAAAGAACAAAGGAAGCUGAGGGUUCAAGAUGGAGGCAGCAGGCGAGAGGGGAGACGAAAGCAGAAGCCGGAGGGUGACUCUUGUACGUCUCAGGGUGGUGAAAAUCAAAUUCACAAAAAGGAGAAAAAGCAUGAAUGCACCGUGUGUGGAAAGAUAUUGGGUAGUCACUCAACUCUUACUUUACAUCAAAGAGUGCACACAGGAGAGAAACCAUAUAUAUGUUCCGAGUGUGGAAAGAGCUUCAGUCAAAGUGGUACCCUUACCUCGCAUCAAAGAACUCAUAUAGGGGAGAAACCGUAUACAUGUUCCGAGUGUGGAAAGAGCUUUAUUUAUAGUAACAGCCUUAGGUUGCAUCAAAGAACUCAUACAGGGGAGAAACCGCAUACGUGCUUGGAGUGUGGAAUGAGCUUCGCUCGCAGCAAUGGGCUUACUAGACAUCAACAAACUCAUCGAGGCAGCAAACCUUAUAAAUGCUGGGAAUGUGGCAAGAGCUUCAGUCGCCUCGACUCCCUUUCCUCGCAUGAAAGGAUUCAUACAGGGGGAAAACGAUAUACAUGUUUGGAAUGUGGAAAGAGCUUCAGCCAGAGUUCCAGCCUUACCUUGCAUCAAAGAUUGCACACAGGAGAGAAACCUUAUAAAUGUUUCGAGUGUGGGAAGAGCUUCAGUCGUGGUGGCUUCCUUACAUUGCAUCAACAAACUCAUACAGGACAGAAACCGUAUACAUGUUCGGAGUGUGGAAAAAGCUUCAGGUGCAGUAGCUCCCUUAAGUCGCAUCAAAGAACUCAUACAGGGAGGAAAUCUUAGAAAUGUUUGGUGUAUGGAAAGAACUUCAGUGACAGGGGCUCCCUUCCUAAACAGUAAAGAACUCGUACAAGGGAAACAUCUUAGAAAGGGUUGGCGUGUGGGAAGAUCUUUAAUCAUAUCAAAUAACUCCUACAGAGAGUAAACCAAUGAUCGUGUUCUGGUGCCCCCAGGACAGCCAUUAUUGGAUUGGAAGAACUUUCUGACAGUAAGAGCUGUUUUGACAAUGGAACAGUCUCCCUCGGGAGGUGGCGGGCUCUCCUUCCUUGGAGGUUUUUAAGCAGAGGUGGGAUGGGCUUCUGCUAUGUAUGCUUUAGCCGAGAUUACUUCAUUGCUGGGGGUUGGACUAGUUGACCCUUGGGGUCCCUUAUAACUACAGUUCUAUGAUUCUAUAUACAACAGAACCAUCAUCUGCUAGUCAACUGUUAUCACAAGCUUGGCAAAUCCGAAGAUAUACUUGAUCAUCAGAUAAUGCCAAUAUUAUUCACUUGGACUGUGCUGUUUGAACCCAUGUACAAGUCUAGGUGCCUAUUCUAUAGUUUUGCUUUUCAUAUCCUAAUUUUCAUCUGCUGUUCUAUGUAGCGUUCCCAAAGCAAGAAGGAUUGGACUCUGAUUAAUAAAAUACACACGAGGCUUGACCAGCAAGACUUUGGGAGGAGUGUGUAUAAUAAUUCUCUCCCCACCCCUUGGCCCAGGUCGUUUUAUUCACAAAAGAACUUUUUACACAGUGUUCGUAAGAACCAAUCAGAUUUCCUCUGAGCAUUUCAAAAAACCCCACGUGGGACAAAGUUAGAUCAGUAAAGGAAGGAAGGAAGGGUAGUAUUCACCAUCUCUUUGUGAACUCUCUUCCUGCACUCUCUUCCUGGCCCUAAGAUCUAUCUAAAGAUUAACAAACUACAUCAAAGUAACCUAUUAACUUUAUUGCCUAGGAUGCCUGGUGCAGCAACUGGUCUGUGUCCUAGAAUGCUUAUACGGGUUUGUCAGACAUAGAGAAAUGGCAGUAGAGAAAAAGGGCAUAGGUGCAGAGGCUUGUGGGAUUUGAUCAGAAAUUAUUGUCAAUGAAUCAAACCCAGUCAACGCAAUGCUUUCAUCGCGGACACAAUGGCUUGAUGCAUAUCAUUCCUCAUAGUAAUCCCGUCUGAUCACUAUACUUAUAGCUGCUAUCUUUGUUUCAUGUACAUCAUAAAAUGAAACAGAAAAAGCUUUACGAAAAUAAAAUCUUUAUGAAAAUUUCAAAAAACUCAUGAGUCCCACCUACACUGGAAAAAAAUAAUGGGAUCUGUUCACAUCCCUUAUGGUUAGUUUACUGCAAUGCACUGUACAAAGAGCCACCCUUGAAGGUUGGGCCACAGGCUGUAGCUGGUGCAGAACACAAUAGCCAGGUGGCUUGUGUGAGCAAGGUAAAAAAGGUAAAGGACCCCUGGACCGUUAAGUCCAGUCAAAGGCGACUAUGGGGUUGCAGCUCUCAUCUUGCUUUCAGGCCGAGGGACCUGGUGUUUGUCCACAGACAACUUUCUGGGUCAUGUGGCCAGCAGGACUAAACCGCUUCUGGCGCAAUGGAACACCGUGAUGGAAACCAGAACUCAUGGAAACAUCAUUUGCCUUCCCGCCACAGUGGUACCUAUUUACCUACUUGCACUGGCGUGCUUUCAAACUGCUAGGUUGGCAGGAGCUGGGGCAGAGCAACAGGAGUUCACUCUGUUGCACAGAUUCAAACCGCCAACCUUGCCAUCAGCAAGCCCAAGAGGCUCAGUGGUUUAGACCACAGUGCCAUCCAUGUCAGGCUUGUGGGAGGAAACUACUGCCAGCAUAGAACAGCCUGCUAGUGGGAUUUGCACUUGCUACCAAUCUGCUACUGGGCUGAGUUCAAGGUGUUUGUACUCACAUGCAAGUCCCUGUUCUGCUCAGUCCCAGAUAUACAGCAGAGAUUCUCCUGCAGGUUCCAAAGAUCUCCAAAGCACACACCCAGAAUGGGGCUUUUAGUGUCACUGUCUGUGUUCUGUGGAAUGGCAUCCCUUUCGGGGGGGGGCGGGAAUUGGGACAUUUUCCACCUUUUCGAGCUGGAUAAAUAAAUGGGUGUCCACUUGUUACGGUUUUAGUCUUAUUUUUAUUUGUUGCCUUUGUGUAUAUAACUGCUUUUUAAAACAUUUUUUAUAUAAAUUGCCUUGAGACGGUGGUUUAGAAGGCAAUCAGUUAUUUUUUAAAAAUACUUUU